AUGGGGAAAGGCGCGUGAUCUGAAACAGAAUUCAGAGCAUCGGAGCUCCAUAAUAACAACAGUACGUUUCAUCAACAUCAUCAUCUCUUCCUGCUCCCAUCUCUCAGACUUCACAAACAAUCUCUCUCUCUCUCUCUCUCUCUACAAUGAGCUCGAUUCCACCAUUUUCUCCUCCUUCUCCUUCUUCCUCCGAUCAAUUUUGAGCUUAUUUCUACCGACAGCAAUGGUGGCGAUGUAAUGAAGGACCGCCAGCGUUGGCAGCCGGAAGAAGACGCACUCCUUCGAGCCUACGUCAAGCAAUAUGGCCCUAAAGAAUGGAAUCUCAUCUCUCAGCGCAUGGGGAAGCCUCUUCAUCGCGAUCCAAAAUCCUGCCUCGAGCGCUGGAAGAAUUACCUCAAACCUGGCUUGAAGAAAGGCUCGCUCUCUCCCGACGAGCAGACUCUCGUCAUCUCUCUUCAGGCCAAGUACGGCAACAAGUGGAAGAAGAUCGCUGCCGAGGUCCCCGGCCGUACGGCCAAACGCCUCGGCAAGUGGUGGGAGGUUUUUAAAGAGAAGCAACUUAAGCAGUUGCAGAAGACGCAGAACUUAACGCAGAGGCACGAUUACCAAAACUCCGACGGGAAUAUUCCGAUUGUCGGUGUUUCCUCUCCGGAGAAGGCGGUUCAAGGUCCUUACGACCACAUCUUAGAGACCUUUGCCGAGAAGUACGUCCAGCCCAAGAUCUACGCCGCAGCGUUUCAAUCUCCUCCUCCUCCUCCUCCUCCGCCUCGUCUUUCCGUCCCCGAAGCCGAUCCGGUCCUCUCGCUCGGAUCGGUCAGUUCUACCACGUCAUCUCCCACCGUCCUUCCUCUCUGGAUGAACGCGAACUCCACCAGCACCGCCUCCUCUUCCACCGUGUCGACCACGCCAUCGCCAUCGGUGAGCCUCACGCUAUCUCCCUCCGAACCAGCAAUUAACGAAACGGAAGUGAACCGGAUCUUACCAGUUCAACAGAUGGGAGCCUUAGUCCAGUACUGCAAGGAUCUGGAAGAAGGACGGCAGAGUUGGGUCCAACACAAGAAAGAGGCGACAUGGCGAUUGAACCGAUUAGAGAAGCAGCUGGAGUCGGAGAAAGCAAGGAAGAAGAGAGAAAAAAUGGAGGAGAUGGAAGCAAAGAUUCAGAGGUUAAGAGAGGAAGAAUCGGCGUAUUUAGGGAGAAUCGAGAGCGAUUACAGAGAGCAGUUGAGUGCCCUGCAAAGAGACGCAGAUAGCAAAGAGGCAAAACUGGUGGAAUCAUGGUGCAGCAAGCAUGCGAAAUUGGCGAAGCUAGUGGAGAAAUAUGGAGUUCAGGGACAUGGAUUGGUCAUGGUUACUGGUAAUUCAAAGGAUAUCGUCCAUUGAAGCUCUGCUUCCAUGGCCGGCCGGCCAUGACGGUGGAGUUAAAUGCAGGUUUGUUUUAUCUGUGUACUUGUUUUACACAGACUGAUUCUGUUGGGCACAAUUAGAAAACCAGAGGAAGAUAGCAAUAAAACUUCAGAAACUUUUUUGAGCAAUGGAGCUUAAACUAAUUCAAAAUGCAAGUUAUUUAACCAUUGAGGAUCUGGGUUAGUUCUUGAUUUGAACUUCUAACUUUUGAUCGAGAUUAUCUAUGGGAAUAUUGAACUUUUGUGAUGGUAAUUGGUGUCA